AUGGCGACUGCAGACUGGAUUGAAUUCGGCGCGCCGACGCUCGACCGACCUUUCGGCCUCGCCCUCUGGCCCAUCUUCGCCAAAGCCUUCGAGACCCUCCGCGGAUAUGCGCCAGAAGACUUCCGCUUCGUGCCCGGCAAGACGCCCAUGGCGACAAUGGCCGAGACGGCCAUCUUCCUCAUAUCAUACUACCUCGUCAUCUUUGGGGGACGCGAGCUCAUGAAGGACCGCCAGCCAUUGAAGCUGAACGGUCUCUUCAAGAUUCACAACUUCUACCUGACCGCCAUCAGCGGUAUACUCUUGGUGUUGUUCUUGGAGCAGUUGAUCCCCACCAUCUACAGGAAUGGCAUUUUCUAUGCGGUCUGCCACUACAAUGGAGGAUGGACUCAGCAACUUGUGGUUCUCUACUACGUGAGUAGACCAGACGGUGCCGAGCCAGUGCCGGGCAAAAAGAUUUGUGUACUGACUUGACGCCAGCUGAACUACCUGACCAAGUACCUCGAGCUCCUAGACACGGUAUUCCUCUUCCUGAAGAAGAAGCCGCUUACCUUCCUCCACACUUACCACCACGGCGCAACCGCGCUCCUCUGCUUCACCCAGCUCCUCGGCCACACAGCGGUCUCGUGGGUUCCAAUCACGCUCAACCUGACCGUGCAUGUUGUCAUGUACUGGUACUACUUCCAGUCCGCCCGCGGCAUUAAGAUCUGGUGGAAGAAGUACAUCACCAUGCUCCAAAUCAUCCAGUUCGUCAUCGACCUCGGCUUCGUCUACUUUGCAUCGUACACCUACUUCACCUCCCGAUACUUCCCCUGGCUGCCGACCUACGGCAUCUGCGCCGGAGAGGAAUUCGCCGCAUUCGCCGGUAUGGGUAUUCUCAGCUCGUACCUCGUCCUGUUCAUCGGAUUCUACAUCUCGACGUACAAGAAGCCAGUCAAGAGGGGUAGGGGCCGCGCGACUUCGGCACUUGUGGAGAUGAAGGAUGAGCUGGUGCCGGAUGUCAAGGAGGUGCGGAGGAGACUGAGCGGCGGUCAGGCCACCUUGAACGGAUACAGUACGGGCAACGAGAAGGCCGCCGCUCCCAAUGGAAGGGUCGCCAGGUCGCGGAAGGCUUAG